CGCCAACCCCCCUGCUUUCAUUACAGCUCUCUUCCCACAAUCCUUGCUCAGCUGCGGCGUUCUGCGGUCGGCACCCAACCCAUGUUUCCUCCAUCCAGCCAGCAUAGUCCUGAAUCGGCGCGGUCAUGGUGGUUCUCAUCCGUCGAGUCUACGCUGGCCUGGCCGAGCCUGCGUCCCUACCAUCUCUUACAGGUGCCUCUGACGUCGAUUGUCGAUAUGGACGACGAGACAGACCCUGUAGGCCUCCAUGCCGAUCCCCGUUGUGCAUCGCUGCGUCUUCCUCCGCAUCUUAACGGCGCGCAUGCCCCGUCUCGUGGAGCCCUCGACGACAAGGCAGAAAUGACGCGGCUUGUCGACGAGUUUAUCAAGCACAUCCACGCCAAGCAACCUUUAAUUGAUACCCGCCUUCUCUACAGCCAGAUCGCACUGGUCCAAGAGGAAGGUCUUGGCUGGGAUGCCGCUACGUGCCUGCUGCUGAUUGCCUGCGCGCUGGGCGGUAUCUGCACGCCGUAUGACAACAGCCGGCUGGAAGACUAUUCGCAGCCGUCAAUCGACGCCGAGCAGUACCUGCGCAGCCGCGAGUACUUCGACGCCGGCCGCAAGAGGCUUGGCUUGGUGAUGGGCCAUGCGAGCAUCACCGGCGCGCAGUGCUUCUUCCUGACCGCCGGCUACUACGUGACCGUCUUCAAACCCUUGGCGGCGUGGAGAUGCCUGAACGCGGCGAGCUUGAUGUGCAAGAACGUCUUGAUGAAGACGGUGGGGGAGUCGGCCAUGAUGAACGACGCCCUCGGAAACGCAAAGGAAGUUCCGGAUAAUUCGUAUCGUAAAUUGUUCUGGAGCUGCGUCAAGACAGAGAGAGAAAUCGCCACGGAGCUCGGCUUCGAGAUCGCAAACCUGCAGCUCAUCCAGUAUGAAAGCCUCCCGUCGCUCAUGCCCGACUCAGAGCCCUACCUGGCGGGCGAGAUGGCCAAGUUGCGGCCGUCCCACCCUUGGACGCCCGGCGUGUCCGACGGUCCGGCUUUGACGGCCGCUCAGCACGAGCAGAGCUGGUUCUACUAUUUGACGGACAUUUCACUCCGCAAGCUAGAGAUUAGAAUCGAUGCAUUCUUUGCAACUGAGCAGGUCAAGCAACCGGAGCCGUCCGUCGAAGCCCGCGAAUCAUUCUAUCGAGACAUCCUCGUCACCCUGUCGGAUCUGGACAAGCAAAUCGUCGAUCAUUCCUUACAUCUUCCGGACUCCAUCACCCUGGAGAUGGACGAGUCCGGCCACUGCUCCGACGACUUGCGAGAGUACCUGCGGCUCCGGAUGGUCAUCAUCCGCCACACCUUGAGCAGGCCGGCCCUCCACUUCAUCCUCCACGGCAACCUCGACGAGCUAUCCGCAGCGCUGCGAGCCCAGGCGGCCGAGAUCGCCAACAAAGCGCUCCAGAUCAACGAAUACCUCAUGAUCCACGGUUUGACUACGCACCGCCAUCCUGGGACCUGGCUCGGCAUCCGCUACUGCGCACGUGCGGCUUUGGAGCUCAUUGCCACAGCGAAGGCUUCGGUGCCUGAUCUUAACCUAUCUCCGUCGUGGGAGCAGCACAUGCAGAAAUUCAAGACUGCGCUUAGGUAUUGGGGUGCUGAGAGUGCGGAUGCCAGGAUGUAUCUUCAGUGGAUUGUGCGGUUGGAGUCACCGGCUUAAGCUGGCGAUCUGGUGGUAGUCUAUUAUGUAGAAUUACUUGAUGAGUAUAGUCUAC